CCGCACGGAGAGACGCGCGCCGCCGCCAACCGCUCCGCUCCGCUUCCAGCCACCUCGCGCGCGAUCCUCGCCAGUCUCGCUCAUCCGCUCGUGCCACGCUCACCUGCGCUCGCCGCCCGCUAUGCCCGACUCUAACUCGCGCCUCCGCGUCGCUUGACGAUCCAUCCUCCUCCCCCUCUCCCCCUCCACCCUCCCCCGCCGCUCUCUCCAUCCGAAUCGCGCGUGAAUCGCGUGUGUGUGAACGUUGAAGGGAGUGGAACGAAGCGUGUGGAGUGUUGAUUCGAGGAACAGUCGGAGAAAAUUGAUUCGAAGGGAUGAACUGAAGACGGAGGCUGAACCGAAGGGUAGGAAGGAGGGAUUUUCGAUUUUUACGAAGAUCGAAGAAGGAGGGAGUGGGUUGGUGCGGUCGAAAAAUUCGAAAUUCGACGAAUUUUUCAUGUGCAAUUUUUCAUGGCCGAGGAGAUAAGAAUAUUAUAAGAAUAUUGUAAGUACGUGUGUAAUACAUUUCGAAGGAAUUCCAAUUGUUGCGGAUUGUUGCAACAAAUUGAAGGAGGAACAUCCCGUCGCCGAGGAUCGUAAGAACGUAAGGGAAAUUUCGAAUAAGGUGAAUUUUCACGGAGGAUUUAUUUCGUGGAUAACGUGACAAUUUCCAAAAAAUUGUAUUUUAUAUUGAUUUUAAAAAUUCAAUCGAAUAAUAAUAAUAAUAAUAAUAAUAAUAAUAAUAUCGUAAGAUCUAAGAAAAAUUUCGAACAACGAGUUUGAAGAAUAUUAUCGCGCCAGGAAUCGUAACAUUUCGAAAAAAAUUCCAAUUAUGGGUAUAUUAGAAAUUCAGUCGAGGAACAAGGAUAUAUGAUAUAAAUAUCGUUGUGGAGGAAUCGUAAGAAAUAUCUCGGAUUUCUCAAAGACUGCGGCGGAAUAAUAAAAUUCUAAAGAUCCGAGGAAGAUUACAAGAGGAUCGCUACGUGCAACGCUGUUUGGCAGAAUUAUCGCGACAGGGUUAAUAGUAUCUCCAGGCUUUAGGGGUUCGAGAGAUCCGAAGUGGACGAUCGUGAGGUUUAACGGGGGCCUGUUAGUUGUAAAUCUCCUUUCGUGUCUUGCCUCCAUUGCCGUAAACGCCGUACCUCUAACGUUCGAGAUAAGUGCGAGAAUAAUCAUCGAAUAAGCUCAUCUGUUUACCAUCGAACACGUGCAAAAGCAAGCCCGAUUUCAUCCGCUGUAAUGUAACGAAUAAUAACGAAUUUUAAAGAGUUCUAAGCACCGAGGAACGCGUGGAUAACAACAAUAAACAGCGAAUAGUGCGCAAUUUGUGUCGAUAUAAUUUUAGAGUGAGACGAGGAUGAAAGGACGAAUGGUUGGUACGUCGUAGCAAGGUCGAUGAAGAUACGAGCUGGCCAUACGGAAACUGGCCAAGGAAGUGUUCGGUUGGAUUAUUGACAAGAGGAGAGGAGCUGUUCGAGUUGGAUACAAGAAAAUGGAAAACGUUCACGGGCCGGUGAAACGUUCAGAUUGGAAGGAUUGACGCGACGAUUUGAUCGUUUGAUUAAUCGUUCCAUAAUACGUUCUGCGUACGUGUUUUUCACCGAUUCUGCGUGUCUCUGAUUCUUUCUCCAGUUUUCGGAUCGAGGAUUCCUCGAAGUCUGAUCGUUUUUUCUCCUGCGGUGCCGGAAGAAACGAAUUGUCCCACCGAUUCCUGGUGUUCGUAAUCGGAAAUUAUGAGGUGGUUCUGGAUUAUCGUGCUAAUAGCCCUGGCGCUGCCAGCAGCCGUGCCACGAAAGACGCAUCGCAGCAAACCUACGCCGAGGCUCUAUGGGGAGAGGGUGCCUGUCAAGUUGCUGAGAACGAGCAACAGCAAGGUCCGACAGAAGAUCGUCGAUACCCAUAACUAUUUUCGCACCCAGGUCAAGCCUCCAGCUGCUAAUAUGCUGGUCAUGAAAUGGCAUCCAGGCUUGGCCAAAGCUGCGCAAAGAUGGGCCAAUCGAUGCCUUGGAUUGGUACACGACAACGCGACUGGCCUAUAUUUGGAUGGUUUUGGGCAGAGCGGACAAAACAUUUUCAUUACGACGAGAAAGACACUGUGGAAUUUCCCGAUCAGAAUGUGGUACAUGGAGUACAAAGAUUACAAAUACGGGGACGACGAGGCGAACAAUCUACACGAAAUCGGGCAUUACACCCAAAUCGCGUGGGCGACCACGCAUCUGGUGGGCUGCGGCGUGAGCCACUGUACGGGUGGCAGAGGACCACUUGGCAAGGAUUUCUUUAUGUACGUCUGCAACUAUGCCCCGAGCGGGAAUUACAAAGGUCGGCUGGGCCACCCGUACGUAGCCGGUAAACCGUGCACCAUGUGCAACGAGCACUGUUCGAGGAACAAGCUUUGCACGAACGCGUGCCACCACGUGGAUCUCUGGUCGAACUGCGUCGAGCUGGCGAGGAUGUUCCGCUCCUGGGUCUGCGAGACGAACACGAACGAGGGCCGCGAGCGGCGGAAGUUCUGCGGCGCCACGUGCAAUUGCAAGGGCAAGAUCUACUAUCACCACGGGUAGUGAACGAUCCACCCCCACCUUCCGACUCUUCCCCUCGCGUCGGCUCGUCCUUCACCCCCUCUCCCCCUUUCGGGACGUAACGUCGAUACGAUCGAGGUGUCCGAACUGAAAUAAUUUCAGGGUUUUGGAGGCGGCGCGCGAAACGUUCGAGGCCUUCCACUACUUGCUGGCUGCGUGGAACAAUGGGAAAUUUUCCUCGACGAAAGGGAGACGAGUCUCGGUCAAUGAGGGAUCAAUUCGUUUCACGCUUUGUCCAUAUUAAUUUAGGCGCCAUAUUAAUUUAUGAUCACGUUGACGAAAGUUUUCUUUAAUUGAAAACGCGAUUCGAUUGGUCGAAAGAUCGACUUCUCUCAACUUUUCGUGUUACGAUUAAAAGUUCUUGGACGAACGUAAAAAUUCGGAGAAAUAUUUUAAACGUGUUUGCUUUUAGCCAAGUUUUUCUCCACGCGUUGCAAUCACUUUCAGCCGCGGAGUAAAUAUCGUUAGAAGGAUAUUUCGAGGGAGAAAGUGAGGAACGAGAGAGAGGAGAUAAAGCGCGAGCAGAGGAGAAAGUAAAUUGAGCUGGAUCAGCUUGUUCCCGCCUCUCGAGAGGAGUUUGACUUUUCAGAAUUUCUCCGCUUUUAAUACAUUUUAUCGAGCGUUCCUCCUUCGUAAACGUAUUCAAAGAUUAUCGCCUUCGUAAACGCAACGUAACUCGCGACUUUAAUUUUUAGAUUAAAUUAAAAAAAAAUAGAGAAUUCUCUCUUCGCCAAUAAAACGUGAUAUUCGAUCUUCUAUUCGUCAAAUUUAUUCUGAUUUCUUUUCCGUUCUAAUACGAGGGGUGGAAAAAAAAUAAAGAAAAUAUGAUCGAAGAAUUGCGCAGAAUCUGGACACACAAUUAAAGGUAUAUAUGAAACAUAAAAUUAAAUAAACACUGCAAUUAUUUCUCUUCAGAGAUUUUAUUAAAUUUUAUUAUUAUAACGAGAAAAAUUAUGUUUCUAAUUCUUCGUUUUCAUUAAGAUCGAGGAACAGUUUCCCCUUUGCUCCACGAAUUCAUUCAUUCGACAACUCUCGCCGUCCCGUCCGGAAAUUUACUCUAUUUUCUUCGAGCCCUCUUGGCUCGCCUUUCCAACCGUUCCCGUCGAUCGAACAGGAACAAUCCCCUGAAGGCGAGCCACGAUGGGGUUGGGAAUGGCCGAGGAGUAAUGGACGGAGGGAUAAACCGAAGUCCCGCGAAGAAACGGAGAGAAUCGCGGCGAGAUCCUUUUGAUAUUUGUAAACGAGUAAGAGUGUCUAUAUAGACGUGCAUGCGGUGUGUAAAUACGUAUAGAUAAGAGAUAAAUAGAUUAAUAAAUAAAUAAAUAAAUAAAUAAAUAAAUAAACGAAUGAAUAAAUAAUUAAAAUUCGUAGGUGAAAAACGUGGUUGGGUGUUUCUCGGUGCUCUAUUAGAUUCUGUCGUUUGAUCCUGGACGUUCUGGCGAGCUGUCGAUAAAGAUCGUUGCUGCUGCUACUUUGUUACUUUCAGUUUUGGAAAAUUAACGAAAACUUGUUUAAGAUUCGAUUAAUGAUUGUGACGUAAUAUUUAAUUUAAGUAGAUGCGUACGCGUUGAUGGAAAAUGUAAUUAUGCUGCAAUUUUAAUUAAAGUUGAUCCGACAUUUUGAUCGGGAAAUAAUACGAAGAAAAUUACUCCCUUCUUAAAUAUUAAUUGGUAAGUAUAUUAAUUUUAGCAAACGCUAUGAUAUCGAUAGGAUAAGAAUAUAUUUUAUUAUUAUUUUUUUUUAUCUAUUUUAGCAUCAUAUUUAACAAAUCGAUCUUUAAUGAUCGUCUCAUCGUUAUCUGAAACUCGAAAAGAAUUUUAUUCUAUAAAUAAUAAUUACAAGAUGUACGUAUAUAUUUUUUUUUAAUCCACAUAUGAAUUGAUUAGUUUUAUCGACGAGCUCGCACGUCGCCUAAACGUGGGACUAAAAAAAAAAGAAAAAAAAGAAAAGAAAAAGAAAAAAAUAUGUAUAAACGUAACCGGAACCCCUAUCUCUUAAUCGUGUUUAGCGAUGUAAGGUUAUACGAUAGUCAAUGUAUACACGAAAUAACAAUUUAAUCUCGUGAUUUUAUUUAACCUUCGAUCUCGAGAACUUAUGAAUGCAACCGUUUUAAAUUUAAAAAGAAAAAAAAAAACGGGAGAGAAUCAAUCGCUUUAUAAAAAUUGUAAAUAAAUUUUUGGAUCUCUACAUAUCCAUCGGGACAAUUACUAGACUAAUAGGAAUAAUUUUAAUUCCGAUUGAAUCGUGGUGGAAAAAUUUUAUCCAUCGUGUUAUUAUUGAAAUCAUCGUUCAACGCGACGUCCUUUUUAUAAAAAAAAAAAAAAAAAAUGGAAAGAAAUCCGUCUUCUUUUUUUAUCCAUCGCUGCAUUCACGAGUACUCGAACGAGAAAAUGUAAAUUUUUCCACCGUUAUAUUUGUAACGCUAUAUAUGGAGGAUUUUCUUUUUCUCGGAUAGAUAGAUUAAUUUACGCUUGUGACUGUGCAGUACUAAUUUUAGUAAUCUAAUUUUUUCGAAAAAGGGAAAGAAGAAGAGUGUAGGAAAAUAUUUUUCACUUAGAUAUUUUUACUUUAACUAAUUCUUUUGAAAUUAUAUUCCAAUUUUCGUUUUCCAAAUCUAUUCUUCGACUCGUUUCAUCCUCGAUCGAUCCCCGCGAACGUAUCCCUCGAACGUCCCCAACGUAGAAUUCGUCCACCUAUGUUUUUACUUUAAAAGAAAUUAUCGUUAUACUUUUCAUCGCGUCUCAAUUCUCGUCGAGAACGAUCGCACAGCGUGCGGGGGAGAAGAGCAAGUACCACGAUGGAGAGGAGAAAGAGGGAUGGAAAAAAGGAAGCGGGAAGAGAUUUGCGAGAAGGGAGAAGAGGGGAGAAGAAGAAACGUUUUAAAUACCAGAGAAAAGAUGAAAGUAUGAGACGCGAACGCAGUCGACAAUGCAAUAGGAGUGAUGUAAACGAUGUAAUAACGUUUCGGCUCUUCUUCUUGCGCGGAAACCGGCCGUCGAUCGAAAAGAAAACGUUGUAACAAAUUGGUUCACUUACCGAAAUAAAGAUCCUGUAAAUAUUGAUUGGUAAAUAUUUUUAUUGUAUUUUAACAGGUGUGCGUAUGCCGAGUGAAAAAUUAUGACGAGUUCUCGUUCUUAUUCGGAGAUCUAAUUUGGACGAGGAAGAGCGAUAGAGAUAGAAUGACGAGAGCGAUAGAGAUAUAGAUUUGUAAUUUAACCGAUAAGUGAGCUUCGUCGAUACUUUUUGUGUACUAAUUUUUGUGCUUCUUCUCUUUAACAAUCUUUCUAAACGUGUAUAAGUUGUAGAACAUAGAAUUUUUAAGAUACAUACUCUUUUUGAACAAA